AUGGCCUCCAGACCAACUUCCCCGCGAUCAGCCCUAAAGAACCCUUUACCACCAGAAUCCCCCAAAGAAAGCGCCGUCUCAAGACUCCUCAUAGCCCCCCUAACAUUCAUAACCUUCCUCGUCUCGCUCGCCCUUGUCGACUCCCAUAACACCGCCUUGCGCUCCUCUUCUCCGCCUAGCACACUCUGUCGUAUACGGAAUUUCCUCCACGGCCUGGUGUUUAAGGAGAAGGAGAAUCCGUAUGAGAGGGUGAGGAGUCCAGAUGCGAAGGGGAAGCGGAAGGGGGAAAAUGAGGGGAAAGAGGAGGGGGAGAAGUGGUAUUGGCAUAGUAAACAGAGACAUAUGAUGAAGGCGGAGAUGGAUGAUGCGUUUCGGUUGAGAAAUAGUGUUGCUGUUGGAUUGUUGGCGCUGGGGAUGGGUUGUCUAGGGGGGAUUGCGGUGGGUGUUGGAUGGCUUUGGGGGUUGGUGAGGAGUUGGGUUUGA